AUGGGCAAGGUUAUUCACGGCGCUUGGAACUCGUUUGACUGGGAGCCCUUCCCAGAGUACAAUGGCAAGAAAUCGGUUGCGUACCGUUCCGCAGAUGGGAAGAUUGUUGCUGGGGCCGCACACGAGGAGGGAAAGGCGACAUUGGUCUACCCUUGCGACGAGUUCUUCUUUGUCACAGAGGGUUGGAUCAAGUGCGAUGUCGAGGGACAGGAGCCGUUCACUGCCAACAAGGGGGACGUGGUUUACUUUGAGCGUGGUACCAAGGUGAACUUUGAGUUUAGCCCGGAUUUUUACAAUGUCGCCAUCUUUAUUUCAACAGAUGGUGAGAAGGUCUCUUUAGUUUAA